UUUUUUUUUUUAGAGAGAAUCUCAGAUUUUUUUUAAUAAAUAAAUGUCGCUUUUUGGUUUCAGAUUAUAUAAACUUUGUUACAUGCAUUCAUUCACUUUGAAACAUUGAAGCCAAACAGGUUCAUAGGUGCAAACCUUAAACAUUGUCUCAGGUUUUCAGAAUCAUUGAAUAGAACAAGAACAUGGUUGCUUCAUCAGAUGUGUGUCCAACUGAGGAUGCAAUUCAGGUGUUUCUACAACAUUUGGUUGAUCCAUUGCUGCCACAAAAAGCUUCGGUUCGAGAUAAUCCCACAACUUCUCAACAGCAAGUAAUUGCUAAACAGGUGCAUUCUGUUGUCUUGCUGUACAACUACUACCACAGGAAACAGCAUCCAGAAUUAGAAUAUCUGCCAUUUAACGAAUUUUGCAAGUUGAUUGUGGUUCUGAGGCCACCUUUAUUGGCAUACAUGAAAUUCAUGCAAAAGAUAAAUGAAGUAGAGCUCAUAGACGUGGAGAAGCAGCUAUCAUUGACAGAAAAAGGGAUUAUGGAUGCAUGUGAUAUCUGUAACUGUUUAGAUGCAUCAAAGAAUGUUCCUAAUAUAGAGGGGUGGCCCAUAUCGAAAGUUUCUGUCCUUUUAAUCGACAGCAAGAAGGAGAACUGCUUUUUGCUGUUUGGUUCCAUCACUGAGGAGGUAUGGUCUGUGGUUGAAAAAAGUAUAGACACCUCUAGCCAAAAUUCUGAUGUCCCAUCAGAAACAAAGAAUACAUACAAAAGGAGAAGAGUCAUUAGAAAGCCUGCAAAAGAUGAAGUAAAAGUUGAUGAAGAUAGACUUCUGCAAGUUGGGUAUUCUGCUGUAAAGGAAGCUACAGGUAUCAAUAACACUGAUAUUAUGCUUUUGGGAAGCUACACUAUCUAUUCUCAAAGCAAAGAGAAGGAAGCUUCUCGCUUUUAUAUAAUGCAGUGCUCCCAGUCAAUCAAUCAGGAGGUUAUUAAAGUUCCCCUCAAAGAUGUUAUUGAAAGCUUGCAAGGUCCUUUGGUCAAAAGGAGUUCUAGCAGUUGGACGAUCACUCCAGUGGUGGUUUACUUCCAUGUGCUUCCUUAUUCUGAAGUUAUCUCACAGGGGAUUUCUAGAAAUAAAUUCUCAUAUAGUUUACAAGAUUUGAGGAUAGUGGAGAAAAAUAUAAUGGUCGACAGCCCUGAAUUGACAGAGUCCUAUAUAAGUAAGGACUUGGAUUCUGGUAUUUAUAGUAAACCAAGUGAGGGUGAUAUUGAAAUGCAUGAGCAGAAAGAGAACAAUGGAAGCUGUACACUUAGACCAUGUGAUUCUAUCAUGGAGACCCAUGAAAUGGAUGUGAACAAAUCUUCAAUUUAUCCAUCUCAAAAUAAAGAAAAAUGCCAGAAGAUCACCAAUGCUAUGCAAUUUGGUGAACAUCAAGAAAAAAACAAUCCAUCUGUGCAGUUUAAAUCCAAUGGCUCUGCCAAUGCUAUUCAGGCUAUGAAGAUUGACUCGACAAGGAUGCUCAACGGUAAAGGUGGAGUCAAACUUUGUGCUAAUAAGCCAAAUACCUCAUAUGAAAAAGACACAACAGGUGCAUGUACUCCAAGUUCAAAUCAUUCUAACUCAGAUAAAGAGAAACCCCAAAGUCUUCAAGAUUCAAAGAAGAGACUGCGAACUGCUAUAUCUUCUCUAAUAAGAAAGAGGAAUGAGCUGGCCCUUCAGCAGCGCAAGAUAGAUGGUGAGAUCGCUAUUGUUGAUGAACAAAUUCAGAGAAUGUUAACUGAUGGGAACGAUGACUUUGUAUCAAUGAUAGAAUGCAUUAUGGAAGGCUGUAAUGAUGUAUCCGUAACAAAUCAAGAAGGGAUAGGUGGACAACAAAGCUUACCCCUUAAGAGGAAAGAUUUAUCAGAGGCUCGAAGUUCAUGCAAGGAUCUAGAUGGUGUAUGUCAUGAAAACAAUUGGGUCCUACCAACUUAUCGUAUUUCUCAACCAAACGGUGGAUUCCAAGCCAAUGUAACUGUUAAUGGAGACAAGUUUAAGUGUUCCGAUGAGGGUAACUUGUGUUCCACUCCUCUUGAAGCAAGAGAAUCAGCUGCUGCUAAGAUGUUGAAUAAAUUUAAAAGUAUGGGAAAAUUAACCAAGUAAUGUUGGAAGCAUAAAAAUGCAUGCUUCUGUAGUAAACUAUGAGAAAAUAUUAACAAUAUGUAGAAAACUGCAUGGUCAUAUAACUUAUGGUUGUACUCUAUGGAUUCAUCGAUGACCAUGUGAAACGCUAAUUAGUCAAUCAAUGUUUUUUGCAGUGAUUGGCUUAUCACAACUGCAGUGACUAGAUAAGAUUAUCACCAGUUCUCAGCAUGACUUCAUGUUUGUUCAGUUACUUUGUCUUUCCUAGAAAAAAUUAACUUGGUAUUGACUUCAUA